AUGGCCGAGUGGACGCAGCAGGCGCACAUCCUUGCUGACAAUGCAGUCCCUGGCGUGCUGGGAGGUGUUACGGCGCUGCAUUUUGAUCAGUUUGCGGAACUUUUGUGGGCUGGUAGCGCAUCGGGGCAAGUCACAUCGCACUCCAAUGCUCUACCGGCCUUGCCGCGAUACACGUCGUGCGCCGCGCAUGGCACGCCUGCACGGCCCCAUGAGGUGCGUGGCAUACUGAGUGAUGAUCGCUCGAUUUUGAGUGCGGGCGAGUCGUCGAUUUGUGCGUCGCAACGUAGUGGCUUGAAUCGCUGGACGCUCCCGAUGGCGGACCAUGCACCGGGUCUGACGCUCGCUGGCAUGUGCGCCUCGCCUCAUACGUCGAGCUCUGAUGUGUUUCUUGGCGGUUCUACCAUGCACUCGCGGCAUGGACAACCUGGGGAGCAUGACAAGAUUUUGACUGUGCAUGUCAAUUCAGGUCGUAUCGUGCGACAUGCACCGUCCGAGGCGGCCAUUACCCAUAUGCGCCGCAGUGGCCGGUACGUGUGUUGCGGUACCUCGCAAGGCACGAUUCAGCUACGUGAUCCCCGCACGCUCCAAGUGGAACACAAGCUCACCGCACACCAUGGCGGCCUGCUCGAUAUGCAAGCAGAAGGCCACUUGCUCUACAGCAUCGGUUGGACACUGCGCCAAGGCCGUCGCGUCGCCGAGCCCUUCAUCAAGGCGCAUGAUUUGCGAUCCAUGAAUGCCCUAGUCCCCAUUCCCAUGACAGCACCCGGUGGGCCGGCCUUCCUGGCGGUGCACCCGAAAAAGUCGUCGAUCCUGGCCGUAGCGACGCCGCAGUCGCAGUUCCAGAUAGUCGAUACGGCGAAUCCUGGCCUAAGUCAGUUUUACGCGUUCCAGUCAAAUGCCUUCGUCACGUCGAUGGCCUUUUCCUCGUCGGCAGAGACAUUGGCGUUCGGUGAAUCGGAUGGAUGCGUGCGCCUAUGGUCGACAGACCAUGGCACCAAUACGCCGCCACGUUUCAAUUCGUACCCGACGGCACCUGUCCCGAUGCCUGACUACGCACCGCCGCCGCCCGUCGUGGAAUGGACCGAGACGCAGCCUUUGUCGAGUAUUGGUAUGCCGCAUUAUGACAAGCCUUUGCUAUCGAACAUGGACUACGACAAGCUCUGGUCAGAUGCAAGUCCGCUCUUCACCGUCCCGUCAAAAGUGGACGAGUCAGCUCUGGAACAGGUACACACGGUGCAAGGUGUCAGCUUUGCAUCCCUGCCACGUCACUGGCGCGGCGCACGCAAUCGCAUCGUCGGCUCGGACGAUGUGCUCAACCGCUUUGAUCGGCAUGGCAAGCUGAAACCCGGCACUGCCACACGCAUCCGCCAUGGUGGACGUGGCACACGCCGCGUGAAUGUUCCCUUCCGCAGCGAAAAGGAUGAGCAGGCAUCGACGCAGGCUACGGCGGAAGCCGAAGCCGAAGCGACGUGGCGUGCCAACGCAGCGGGCAUGCCUGGCUAUUACGCCCCCGUCACCAUUCAGUACAGUCGCUUCGGCGUAGAAGACUUUGAUUUCGCGUUUUACAACAAGACAGCGUAUUCGGGGUUGGAGACCAACAUUGGCGCGUCGUAUGCCAAUUCCUACUUGCAGGCACUACACUAUGCACGACCGUUCCGGCUCUUUGCUACGUCCCAUAUCAAGAUGGCGUGUGAAGAGCCUGACUGCCUGCUGUGUGAAGCUGGGUUCCUCUUCCGUAUGCUUGAAGAUGCGAAAGGGACCAACUGCCAGGCCUCCAACCUUCUCCGCGUACUCGCCCGCACGCCGCAGGCUAUCACGUUGGGCUUGCUGGACGACGAGGCAAACCAUGCUUCCUAUGCACACAUGGCCCAGAACUUGAGUCACUACUUCUUGGACCAGGCGACGUACCAGGCGCUUCGUACGAGUCAUGCCUUGGCCCUGACGAACGAAGACGCGGCGCUCUGUGCGAAUCCGUGUGCAUGGUCCAUGCAUGUGCAGACCACUUGCAAUGCAUGUGGACACACUUCAACACGCGAGCAGGUAUCGCAUGUCGUCGACUUACUGUACCCGAACGGCACUCCACAGCCACAACACGACUUUGCGGCGCUGCUAGGUGCCUCGAUGCGUCGGGAUACCAUGUCGAAGAUGACAUGCCGGCACUGCCACACGCCCUAUGCCCCGCAUACGGCAUGGCGUGCUCUCCUCUCGACCGAUGCCUUGCCUGCUGUUCUCACCGUCAAUGCCGGCGUGAUGAGUGCGGAACAGCUGGGCCAUUGGGUCCCCCAACCCUCGUCACAGGGUUUCCUAGCGCCACGUAUGGCAUUGCGUGUGGAUCGCGGUCGCGUCGCUGCCCAGAACGUAUGGACCGACGCGGACGCCGAGGCCUUUGCGUCAGACAGCGCAUUGUACCUUCUCCGUGCCAUGGUAGUGCAAGUCCAAGGCGGCUAUGAUGCGCCCCAUCUGUGUGCGAUGGUGCGGGGUCCUGGUGACAAUGCGGAGGAGUGGGUUCUCUUCAACGAUUUCCUUGUGCGAACGAUCGACGAAAAGGAAGCGUUGCGGUUCGAUGAGCCAUGGAAGAUCCCUGCCGUGCUGGUCUGGGAACGUGUGGAUGCAGCUGCGACCGCACACAUGGCGACCCUCACGCGGGCCACCGAGAAAUUGGAGCCUGAUUGGUCCCUACUCACCCAAGAUUGGAACUUGGCACAACACCGCAAGAAUGCGAUGCAUCGGCACCACUUGCUCACGCCUGACGAGCUGCCCAAGCCGGGGACGUUGGUCGCCAUCGAUGCCGAGUUCGUGUCGCUGGCGCUCGAAGAUAUGGAAGUAUUUAGCGACGGUUCACGCUCGCUUCUUCAGCCCAGUCACUUGGCUCUGGCGCGUGUCUCAGUACUGCGUGGCGAAGGACCGCAUGAAGGCGACUCGUUCAUUGACGAUCAUAUUCACACCACGGAGCCUGUGGUGGAUUAUCUCACACAGUAUUCGGGCAUCCAGCCGGGCGACUUGGAUCCAGCCCAGACAGCCUACACCAUCGUGCCCCACAAGCUGGCAUACAAAAAGCUGCGUCUCCUCGUCGACAUCGGGUGCCGCUUCAUUGGGCAUGGCCUCACGAAAGAUUUCCGCAUCAUCAAUAUCUACGUGCCGCCCAGCCAAGUGAUCGAUACGGUGCUGCUGUACCAUUCACCAGCGCACCCACGCAAUUUGUCCUUGCGGUUCUUAUCGUGGUUCUUGUUGAAGAAAGAUAUUCAGCAAGGACUCACACUCACCUCGGAAGACUCCGACGAGGUGCAAGUCCAUCACGGCCACGACUCCAUCGAGGAUGCGCUGGCCGCGCUGCAGCUGUAUCGCCGGUACGAGCAGUUUGAGCGUGAUAACCGCUUGGAAGACAUGCUCGAAGACCUGUACGAGAUUGGGCCACGCGUUCACUGGCGUCCGCCAGAAAAGACAUAG